AUGCCGGCCAAGAGUCUGCAGACGCUGGUAAAGCAGCGCUAUCUUAAUGCGAUACAAUCCGUGCAGCCCGCGUCACGAUGGAAGAACCUCGUGGUCGACUCGCACACGAUGCAGUACCUGUCGGCGGUGAUGCGCAUGUUUGAUAUUCUCGAGCUGAAUGUGACCCAGGUCGAGAACAUCGAGAAGCGGCGCGAUCCCCAGCCGACGAUGGAGGCCGCGUACAUUCUGUGUGCGACGACGCAGAAUGUCGAGCGCCUCAUUAAGGAGCUCGCGCCGAGCGGCGACACCCCGCCACAGUACGCCGCGGCGCACAUCUUCUUUGUCGACGCCGUGUCGGACGAGCUCGUGGAGAAGCUCACUGCGUCCAAGGCGGCGCCGCGUCUGAAGCAGCUUGUCGAGCUGUUCCUGAGCAUGUGGCCGAUCGAGGCACAGGCGUUUGUGCUGAAGCAGCCUACCUCGCUCUACUCGCUCUUCCAGCCGAUGGAAGGGCCGUACGCGCCGAGCCACGAUGAGUCGCUCGCACUUCUGCAGGACGAGCUGGACGUUGCGACGCAGACGCUAGUCAAUUUGUGCAUCACGCUGAACGAGAAUCCACAGAUCCGCUACCUCUCGUCGAGCCCCACGCCGCUGGGGCCGCUGGCGAUCGGCGCACAAGAAAACACGGUCGACGGCAACGCGCCGCACGUCCCCCCGCCGAAGCGUGCCGCGCCGCCAGAAGGCAGGAUCGAGGUCGGCGAGCACUUUACCAAGCAGCUCGCCUUCCGCGUGCAGGCGGCCCUCGACGAGUACACCAAAGGCGGCCAGCUGCUCGGCGAGCCGGGCCGGCCGCAGAGCGUGCUCUUUGUCACGGACCGCUCGAUGGACACCUCAGCGCCGUUCCUGCACGAGUUUACCUACCAGGCGAUGAUCAACGACCUGCUCCCGAUCGAGGAAGGUAUGCGGUACAAGCACACGUAUACCAACUCGGACGGGCAGCGCGAGGAGAGCAUGGCCGAGCUCAACGACGAGGACGAGAUCUACAAGGCGAUCCGCCACCUGCACAUUGCCGAGGCGAUCGCCUACCUCCAGCGCGAGUUUGAGUCGCACAUGGGCGAGGCCAGCCAGUUUUCGGGCGCGACGUCGAUCAACGGCAUGCGCGACAUGCUGGCGUCGCUGCCGCACAUGCAGACCACCAAGGAGAAGCUGUCGCUGCACCUGUCGCUCGCGCAGCAGUGCAUGGACCGUUUCGAAAAGAGCAAGCUCGCCGAGCAGGCGAUGGUCGAGCAAAAUAGCGCCACCGGCGAGACGGCGCAGGGCUCGCGGCCCCGCGCACUGGUCGAAGAGAUGGUGCCACUGCUUGACGACGCACAGGUCACCAACGCGGACAAGGUGCGCAUCAUCGCGCUCUACAUUCUUUUCUGCGACGGCGUCCACGACGAGGACCGCCGCCGCCUCUUUCAGCAUGCGCGCCUUGGCACGGGCGAGAUGAAUGCAGUAAAUAAUCUUGUGCACCUCGGCGCGCGCAUCGUGCGCGAGUCGUCGGGCUCGGGCCUCGAUGCCAUCUUCCGCAAGCGGCGCAAACACCUCAAGCCGCGCUCCAACCCGACCGACUACGAGCUGAGCCGCUACCAGCCGCUGAUCCGGACCAUGAUGGAGGACCAUGCGGCAGGGCGCCUCGACCAGUCGCUCUUCCCGUACGUGCGUGACGCACCCCCGGAUACGCUCGCGACGGGGUCCUUAUCGCCGCGCAACGUCGCCAACUUUGGCUCGAGCGCGACCGACAUGGCGACGCAGAUGCUCCACUCGGCCAUCAACGCCACCGGCGGCAAGGACUCGCCGCUCGCGCGCGUCGGCCGCGGCUUUGACGCGUCCUCGGGACGCACCGCAAGCGGCUCGACGUCGCUGCGCAGCGCCAAGCCGACGUGGCACCAAAAGGGGCGCGCCAACUCGGUGGCCUCGAUUCCCACCGCGGGCGGCAUGCUCACCCCGCGCGGCUCCGUCUCGGCGCCGCUCGCGGAGAACAGCAACCCGAACGCGCAGCGCGUGCUGAUCUACGUCGCGGGCGGCAUGACCUACUCGGAGAUGCGCACUGCCUACCAGGUCGGCGCGCGGAUGAAUGCAGACGUGUACAUUGGCUCCUCGCACGUCCACACACCCUCCUCGUUCAUAAACGAGCUGCGCGUGAUGGGCUCGUCGCGCCAGCCCGCGCCUCCCGCGCCGCACGUCGCGCAGCGCCGCGCGGCCGAGGCCGAGUCGAAGAAGAAGCCCGACCCCAAGAAGAAGCAGGCGCCGCCGAAGCCGAUCUAUCCCCAGACGCUCUCGGCCCAGGCACGCUACGACCUGCGCUACCAGACCGCGCCCGAGCCCGAGCCCGAGCCCGAGGCGCCGUCGUCGGGCUCGCGCAAGAUCUCUGCGACGCUGCACGCGCUCAAAAAGGACACCAAAGAGGUGCCUGAGCCGCCGAGUGGGCCGCAGACCGCCAAGCCCGAACCGGUCAAGCCCAAGGUGCGGGAUAUGAGCAAGUUUAAGAAUGCUUUUUCCUUCAAGAAGUAG